AUGAAAUAUCUGAAAGCAAGAGAGAAUUCAUCAAAGGCUACUAUUUUGGAAUUGACGAUAGCAUUUGCUCGUGACUUAAGAGACGAUUUAAAACCAUAUAUGUGGGAUUUUUUUGAUGUCAUUAUUGAUAUUCUCGAUGAAAAUGGUGAAAACGUUGAUCUUCUCCAGAGUGGAUUUAAAACAUUGGCAGUGUUUUUUAAGCUUCAGUGGCGAAAUAUCAUCAAAGAACUGCGGCGCACCUUCAUGUGCUUUAUUAGGCUUUUCUCUAACAAAAAGAGAUAUUUACGUCGAUUUGCUGCAGAAGCUUUUGCAUUUUUGUUACGCAAAUCAAAACAUAUCGAUAAAUUAGUUAUAUUUCUGGCUGAAUUCGCUGAAAAGCUAUUAAUUUUAAUCAAAUUAAUCAGUUCUUUUGCACAUCGAUUGAACCAUAUUUUUCAGGAAAAUGAUGAUGCUUUAUUUGAUGGUAUAUCUCAGUUAUACUUCAAUUCAAUUAAAGGAGUUAUGCAUCAGUUCCAAAGUUCUUCUCCUCAGUUGCUGACGGAAAUAUUACAAGCAUCAUUAUUUAUAACGGAAAAAGCCACUAAAGAUAUAGCUUUCCGAAUUCUUGAGAGUCUUAUGUCUCGAUGCGUAGCAUAUACCACUAAAGAAUACUCCGAACCGAUUUUAGAGAAUAAAUUUAUAUAUUCUUUUACUUCCAAUUCUUUGGUGAAUGCGAUUGCAUUUUCUCGUCUAUUGUUGAUAUGGAUCACUGGUAAGAAAGGAAAACUUAUUCAUAAUCCUUCUAUUCUUUUAAAUUCACUGAUAAGCUGUAUAAAAUCUGAAAAUUGGCAAACGAAUACGGAUAUUUCUAAAGUAUUGUCAGCAGCUGUUUUGAGCUUUUGUAAUGAACAAGAUUGUCGUUCAUUGAUCUUAAAUAUUUUUCAAUAUUUUACGGACAAAGCUGGGAUCGAUGAUGUUGAUGUUGUGUUAAAUGUUUUUUAUGAUCUUGUUGAUACUGCAAUGUUCGAUGUUUGGUUAAUGCCUAUAUUAGGGAAAUAUUCAAGUAAAAUUCUAAUAGCAUGUGAUCAAGCAGUGAUAAUUCGUCCUUUAAUAUUGAUUUUCAAGUUCUACGCACUCAUCUGCUCAAGGAAAAGACCAUUACAGACAAGAGAUAAUAAAAUGUCGACAUUUUUUGACGUUAGUUACCACUUAGAAGUAAGAACGAAAUUGAUUACUAUAUUAAAAUCACAUUCAACUGCUGAAAUGGUGAAGUCGAGGAUUGAGCUUUUGGAAUAUGUUUGUUGUAUAUAUCCGUGGAUGUGGCGAAGAGUUGAGAAGCCUGAAGGUGAACUUAAAAAAUAUGAAGAUACAGCUUUUAAUACAAGCGAGAUUCUUGUUGAAAUUCUUCGAUUAUUAUUGCUGGUUGAUGCCGAACAACAUUUAGAUGCUGCAAAAAAUUUAAAUUUAAUUCUUUUAUUGGCAAAUGCUAUCGCAGUCGUUGAUACCAAUUUGUUCGCAACAUUUCUAUUUGUUGAUAUUCUUUCUUUUGCAAGGAGAAAUGAUUCUUGCAGAAGUUCUUUGCAAAUUUUACGGAUUAUUUUGCCUCAUACUGGCGAUUUUAGAACAAUUAAUCAAGAAAAAGCUAUUUCUUCGGAGAUUUCGAAAUAUUUCAAAAUCUGGACUUUUAACGAAUUGUUAAGAAGUAUUGGUGAACAAAAGAUGCAAGGGGUUAUAGAAGUAUUGCUGAAAUCAUUUGGUCACUGGGAUACUUUUGUUAGACAAAUAGCACUCGAAAUUUUGCUCUGUUUUAAUCUCAAAAUGCAUGAUCAUGUUGAUGGCGAAUCUUUAACACAAAAUGGCAUCGAAAUAUUGUUGCAAGCCGAGCGAACACCACUUUCACUAGAAUGUUAUCGGGAGCGUAUGAAAUUGUUUCGAUUAUUACGGUUUGGAGAUCAUUUGCGCCAUUUUUCAUCUCCAGUUGUUGGCUUAACUGAGACAUUUCAUACCUCAAUUCGAAAUGUAUAA